ACAAAGUGAUACCUUCGGCAGGAUAUUGAGGAGAAAAUUAAAUUACUAUUAAAUAUUGAAUAUUUUUACUUUUCCAAAAUUUUAAUCGGUGUGCUUUUUUGUACUAACAAAAACAAUGUCAUUUUUAAAUCCAAGUGAUAUGGUGGAAGAAGAUGCCGCCGAUUUACAAUUUCCAAAAGUUGCAAAUAUUCAUUCGGAUAAUGUGGUGACAAUUCUUCCUGAUUCAAAUACAAAAUUUUGUACCAAUACUUUUGAUAUUAAAAGUUUUGAGUCACACGUUUUACAAAGCAAUUGCUGUAAAAACAACUCGUGUAUUAAAGAUUUGUGCAGUGUUUGUCAAAAACAAUUACAGCUCCCUUAUAUUAAGUGUGCUGAAUGCCCAUCUUUUCUAUGUGUGAAGUGUUUUGCAAAAGGUAAAGAAACAUUGAUUCAUAAUAAUUCACACAACUAUAUAGUGGUCCAUGAAAGCCUAGAGUUAUUUCCAAAUAGCAACUGGACAAUAGCAGAUGAACGUAAAUUAUUAGAGUGUUUAGAAACUUGGGGUUAUGGAAACUGGGAAGAUAUAGCUUCAGCAAUGGCAAACAAAUUCAGCAAAGAGGAAUGCGCCCAACAUUACCAUAAAUAUUAUUUUGAUGGGAUUUUUGAAAAACGAUUAGGCCUAACCAACCAGUAUUAUUUUCCUGAAAGAAUACCGUAUUUUUACAAAAUGGUUAGUGUCGAUCCUCCUAGAUGUGAAACGGUUGAUUCGUUUCACUUUAAUAAUAUGGAUGGGUAUCGUUGCGCGAGAAGUGAUUUUGAUAUUCCUUAUGAUAAAUCAGCGGAAACGUUAAUCAAUGAGAUUAACACAAACGAUAUUAAUAUUAGUGAUAAUAAAGACGAUGACGACGAAAAUUAUGAAAUGAAAAUUAUCUCGAAAGCAGAAGAAAAUUUGAAAAUAGGAGUUGUUCAAGCAUAUAAUAACAGAAUUAAAGAAAGAAAGCGGCGAUAUAGAAUAAUGCAGGAACAUGGACUGUUAGUGCCAAAUAAAACCCAAAGUUGGCUGUCAAAAUAUAACGAAGCAAUAAAAAUGCACUUUAAUCCUUUAUCCAAUAAAUUCGGUAAUAAGAUUGGAAGAUUCCCCAUCUUAAUGCAAUUAUGCAGUGGUGUUGCUUUUGAUACUUUCUUAGAAUCUUUACAAUAUUAUAUUGAAUUGAAAAAAUAUUUGUACAACCUUUUUGAAUUCCGAUCUAAUGGAAUCAAAACCUUAUACGGAGCUAAGAUAUACAAUCGUCUUAAAGCAAAAAGAAUAAAAUAUGCUCAAGAAUUAAAAUCGAUGGAAAGUUUUUAUGAUUGGAGAAUAAUGGCCCCGACCGAAGAUGGGGGUGACAUAUCACAACUUGGAGGGGCUAUAAUAAGUUUAAAUGGAAAAUCAAGAAAAAAAGCAGGUCCAAUUAACAUAAUGGGUUUUCCAGGAUACGAUAAACUAACAGACAAUGAAAGAAAAAUUUGUAGUAGUGUUAGAAUUUUACCAGCUUCCUAUUUAGAAUUCAAGAAAAUUUUACAAAAUGAAUGUUCUAAGAUAGGAUUUUUGAGAUUAUCAGACGCUAGACGAUUAAUAAAAAUCGAUGUAAACAAAACAAGACAAUUAUAUGAUUUUUUAAUAGAGAAUGGAUAUUGCAAUAAACCUAUUGAUGGAUAAUCUAAUUAUUGUUAUGGACUAAAAUAAAUAAUUAAUUAUAAUUAUAAUUGUUUUUAUGUAUUGUUAUAUCCUUAUUUGUUUUAUAAUAAAAUUGAAAAGAAAAUUAAUGCAUUCAAACAUAAAGAAUAUUGGUUUUUAAUUUACACUAUUCAAUAUGAGAAAAUUUG